CAGGCCGAGAUAACCCCGUCGAUAGCCACCACUAUAUCAUACACUGCCCAGAAAGAGAGAGUCGCUGUAACCACUGUUCGACAUCGGACCGGUACGCGUUCUGUGAGACGGAUCACAGACAACAAAGUCGGGUUCCUGGGCACAUCGCCGCCAUCCAGCCCUCCACAGCGUCCGUUCAGGACGUUGCCAACUCCCCUCCCCUCAUUGCGGCUGGCGAAAGCCAGCGUGUCGCGUACUCCCCGCAGUGUCACAGCUAUAGGUCUGGCCAUCGGAUCAGUGAGACAACUCGACGCUCCACCGAGUGAUUUCCGAUUGACUGCCGGUCUUCGUCAGCCUUGCACGGACAAGGGAAGCGGAGAUGGUGAACGUCGAAAUCCCGACCAAUUAUACCAAUUCGCCGUCCUCGCUGAGCGGCACGCCAUAUUUGACCAUCAAUCGGGACAUAACUGCCCUGGACCUUGAUUCCAGCAAUGCAUUCGAAGGACCAGAGAAGCUCUUGGAGGUAUGGUUUUCACCGUCCGAGAAGAUCCUUCCGACGUCUGCCUCACCCUUGGGCCUGAAGGCUGUCUCGCAGGAGACAUGGAAGGAAAUGUUGGAUCUAGUGAACUGCAAGAUUCUCUCGGUGAUCGAAUCCCACAACGUCGACGCCUACUUGCUCUCGGAGUCUAGCAUGUUUGUGUUUCCCCACAAGCUUGUCUUGAAAACGUGCGGAACCACGACGCUGUUGUGUGGCCUCCCUCGUAUGCUGGAGAUCGCCGCCCUCGAAGCCGGCUUUCCUCAUGUUCAAGCCGACUUGAAGGAGAGUCGCCCAGCAUUGGCGACCCCUCAUCGCAUAUUCUACAGCCGCAAGAACUACUUGUUCCCCGACCAGCAACGCGGUCCACACCGGAGCUGGCGCGAUGAGGUCCGUUACCUGGACAAGAUGUUCACAGGAGGGAGUGCGUACAUGAUCGGUAAGAUGAAUGGCGAACACUGGUAUCUGUACAUCACAGGACCCAUGACCGAGUUGACCCCACCGGCUACGCCUGACGAUGAGCGUUUCAAGACACCCACGAAGGAGUUGGUCUUUCCGGACAAGGCCCAUGAAUCCAACUCAGCCGCAGGAGACGAGACCCUGGAAAUUCUGAUGACCGAUUUGGACGAAGAGAAUGCGCGUCAGUUCUAUCUCAACGAUGCCACGAUCAUCGCACAGGACAACGCUCGCAGCGCGCACCAAGCUCGCAAGCAGGCCAUUGAGCACCUCGGCGUCAUUGCAGAAGCGAAUGGCUCUGAUCCGAGCAUUUCGGGCAACACGCUGGUAAACGGUGGCAGUGGCGACGACGCCUCGUUCGACGUCUUCGCGCAGACCUCCGACGAUCACUCCAGCUUCAGCUCCGACGCCAACGACGAUGUCCUCACCUUCUCCGAGGAGCUGAGCACCGAGGGCCACGCCCUCGGAACGGUCGUCACCGAGGCCUGUGGUUUGGCGGACGUCUAUCCGACCACCAAGUACCCAGACGCGCGCAUCGAUUCCUACUUGUUCACGCCUUGCGGCUACUCUGCCAACGGAGUCGUCCCAGUGCCGGGGGACGGUGCCGCAACACACUACUGGACCGUACACGUCACCCCCGAGCCGCAAUGCUCGUACGCCAGCUUCGAGACCAACGUGCCCACGCGCCACACCGGUCGCGACACGGUGGAUGUCGUCCAGCAGGUCGUGGGGAUCUUCCAGCCUGGGCGUUUCAGCGUGACCAUGUUCGAAGAGAAAGACGCAGACGAGAAGACGUACGCCAAGAGGGACAAGACGAUGGAUUUCGUCAAAGGCUACCGUCGCAUUGAUCGGAUCGUGCAUGAUCUCGAAGGCUACGAGUUGGUGUUCCGAUACUUUGAGCGCGAGGGCUGGGCUGGUGGUGCCCCUAGGUUGGGAGAGCACAGUCCGUGAGAAGAUGAUGCUCCGCGUCUGAUCUGAAGGGCUCCCUGCGAUCCGUCUGUUCUAAUGUCGUGCUUUGCUAUUUGCUAUGAUAGAUGACCUUUUGAAUUUCUAACGCUUGCGCUUCUCAAUCUUAA